AUACUAGUGAGUCCAAACAGGUAGAUACAUUUAUUCUAAAAGAACAAUCUUCAGCUAAUAUUAGUGAUACAGUUAAUGCCUCUCAUAGAACAAAUUCUGAUGAUACUCCUAAACAGACUGAAAUUAAUUCCAAUAAUAUAUCUGAUAACACUUUAAAUCCUGAUAUAUGUUAUGA